AUGACUCAAUAUAAUGAUUUAAUCAUUAAAUGCCCAAAUCCAGAGCAUUAAAAUAAUGUUAAACUAAAAUGCUUUGAUGAAUCUUAUAAAGCUGAUAGAUUAUAUUGCAUGUAAUGUAGUAGGAAUGGAAUUCAUUUAUCCCAUCCUCAACAUCAAUAUUAAUUGCCAAAUUUAUUUGAUCAUAUUGAAAAAAUUGAUAAAGAGUGUGAAGAAUUAAUUAACAGGCUGAAUAAAUAAAUGGACUUUGUUAAUCAAUAAUUUUAUCAAUUAAUUGGAGGAAUCAAAAUUAAAUAUCAAAUAAAUAAAGAAUAAAUCUUUCACUUAAAUUCCAAAUAAAUAAAUUCUAUCCUAGCAGAAACUAUACAAUUCAAAACAUUUAGACAAACUAUUGAAAUAUUAAUUCAAAAAUCAUCUUCUGAACUUUAAGAAUAAAUAUAAAAAUUAUAUUAAGAAUUAUAUUUAACUUAAUUGAAUUAUUAUCUAAUAUCUGAUUAGGAUAUCAAAAAAUCUGAAGAAUUAUAUUAAAAAGGUAUUAAAAAUAAUUUUUUAGGGUAUAAAUUAUAUUGGUAUGAUCAUAAAUAUGAAGAAGCAAUAGCAAUUCUUGAUUAAGCUUUGAGCUUAAAUUCUAAACAUUAAUUAGCAUUAUGGUGCAAAGGUAGUAUCAAUAUUGUAUUUUUUAGCUGAGAGUUUAAAAAUGCUAGAUUAAUAUAAUGAAGCAAUUAUUUGGGUAGAUAAAUCUUUAUAAAUUGAUCCAAAACAUUUCAAUUCAUUAUAUACUAAAGGUAGAAUAAUCAUUUAAUUUUUAAGCUGAAAGUUUAAGAAUGCUUGAUUAAUAUAAUGAAGCAAUUAUAUGGGUGGAUAAAGCUUUGUAAAUUGAUUCAAAAAAUUGCAAUCUAUUAUUUACUAAAGGUAGGAUUAAACCUUAUAGUGUUAGCUUCUUGUUUAAGGGGACUAGGUUAAUAUAAUGAUGCAAUUAUUUGGGCAGAUAAAGCCUUAUAGAUUGAUUCAAAACAUUGUAAUUCAUUAUCAACUAAAAGUAAUAAUCUUAUCUAAUUAAUUGGUAUAUCAUUAAGAAUGUUGAAAAAUUAUGAAGAAGCCUUAAUUGUAAUCGAGUAAUCGCUUUAAGUAAAUCCUAAUCAUUUGGAUUCAUUAUGGUCAAAGGGUUAAAAUAUUCUGUAAUUUUAUAGGUAAAUGUUUACAAGAUUAAAAUUAAUAUUAAGAAGCUUUGAUUUGCUAUGAUAAAGCUUUAAAAAUUAAAGAGAACCAUUAAUGGACAAAAGACAGGAAAAGUAAUAAUAUCAACACUAAUAUUAAGAUGAAUGUCUUGAAGCUUCGAAAAAGAAAUGA